ACAAACCAAAACGCCCGUUGUUGCAUGUGAGCAGGAAGACGGUUGUGUUUUCGUCUCUCAGCUGAAUAUUUCAGAGUUUAAGCAACAAUGUCUUCAGUUCAGCGUCUGAGAGAGUUUAUCAGCGAGCGACUAACUGCUGCUGCUGAAGAAAUAUUCACAGAGUUUGAAAAAACCAUCGUCCAGUACGAAGAAGAGAUCGAUCAUCAGCGCAGACAGCUGGAUAUCACCUGGAAACCACAGAAAAACCUCCACACUUCAGAACCCCCACAGGAACAUGAUGGUAAGAAGAAGGAAUUUGUUCUAGACCAACAACUCUGUAACCACGAGAGGUGCUCCAGCCUGGACCAGGAGGACGCAGAGCCUCAGGAGAUUAAAGUGGAACAGGAGGAACUCUGCACCAGUCAGGAUGAAGAACAACUUGUUUUUAAAGAAGAGACUGAUCCUCACACGAUGGCUCCCACUCAUCAGGAAAGUGACUUAAGUGAAGCAGGAAAAAACAUUGAUAGACUUUUCUCUCAUAGCUGUAAUGAAGCUGAGAACCAAAAUCAAGAAGCAAGCAAGCAUUCAGACUCUGGAUCAACUAGAAAUGUAGAGGUGAAGCAGAUGAAAAGAAUUAAAAGAAACUUUAGUCACAGUAGCAGUGUAGACAACUGUCCCCUGUCAAAGAGUCAGCUUGAUAAUGACACGUGUAAAAAGUCUGUAAAAUGUGACGUUUGUGGAAAAGCCUUGAGCGAUAAGAACAAUAUGGAGCCUGUAAAAAAGUUACAUUCUUGUGAGACAUGUGGGAAAAGCUUUUCAAAAAAUAGCAUUUUGCUGAUCCAUAUGAGAACCCACACAGGCGAGAGGCCUUUUUCCUGUUCAAUUUGUGGGAAAAACUUCAGCACACGCGGUAAUUUGUUGGUUCACAUGAGAGUUCACACCGGUGAGAAGCAGUAUUCUUGUGAAACAUGUGGUAAAAGUUUCAGUCAGAGAGGUACUUUAUUGAGACAUGCAAGAGUACACACAGGUGAAAAGUUGUAUUCUUGUAAAACGUGUGGAAAAAGUUUCACCCAGAAUAACUCCAUGCUGAGACACAUGAGAAUUCACACAGGGGAGAAGCUGUUUUCUUGUCAGACAUGUGGCAAAAGUUUCACUCAGAAUAAUUCUUUGUUGGCACAUAUGAGAAUCCACACAGGUGAGAUGCUGUUUUCUUGCAAAACAUGCGGGAAAAGUUUUACCAGAAAAAGUGGCCUAUUGAUCCAUAUGAGAAUUCACACAGGUGAGAAGCCUUUCGCGUGCGGGACGUGUGGGAAAAAAUUCAGUCAGCGUGCUCAUUUGUUGCCACAUAUGAGGAUCCACACUGGGGAGAGACCUUUUACUUGUGGAACAUGUGGGAAAGAUUUCAGCCGAAGAAGUUAUCUGAGAAUUCAUUUGAAAGUUCACACAGGUGAGAAGAUGUAUGGCUGUGAAAGGUGUGGAAAAAGUUUUCGUUUCAGAGGUAGUUUGACUGCUCACAUAAGAACUCACACAGGUGAAAAGUCCACUUGCGACACAGUUGGAAAGUUGUAAUUUGACUGUUUGCUCACUACUUGUAAUUACAUAUAAAUUUUUAUAAGCAACAUGUCUGUUUAUACGUUUGUAAUACAAGACAGCUUAAAUAACACCUGAGUUCAUACAAGACAGCAGUUCAAAGAGCUUCAUCUCAAGCUUACCAAGAAAACCAACAUCCAUCUUAUGACGUAUUCAACGUAUUAUGACGUAUUAUGUGCAAAAAUAGCAGAAAUUAAAAUGUGUAUAGUGAAAAAGAAAAAUAAAGCUUUAUUUUGUCCAGCCAACUGUAUCAGAUGCUCUGGAGUACGAUAUUUAGUCAUUUUUAUAUCUUCGGAUUUUGCCCAUUUUAGAGGAGUCAGCUGGUCCGGUGACUUCUUCACAUGAUGACAUGCCUGUGUACUACUUUUAGAGUAAUAUGAAGUGGAAUGUUUGUCCACUUGUGAAAUUUCAGUUUUGAAAGUUUAUGUUGAAUCCAUUUCGGAUAAAAUUAUCAAACUUCUAAGGCCAUGUGAGCACCCACUUUAAAGGCUGUUCAGGCAAGAAUUAUGUGUCUUCAUUUAAAGCUUCACCUUGUUAGUGUGACUAGAAAUGAGUGUGUUGAAACACGAGUCUUGUAGAAGAUGUCAGCUGUCCAGAGUGGCUCCACACUGGGAAAUUCACACCAUAUUCUGGUUAUAUAUGAAAAUUAAUUUAAAAUUUCUAAAACAAAUCCUUUACAGAUGAAACUAAAGAAAUUAGAAUAUAAUGCGAAGCUUAAUUUAUUUCAGUAAUUCAACCUAGAAGGUAAACUAAUAUGUAGACUUGUAUGCAAACUGAGAUAUUUCAAGCGUUUAUUUGUUAUCAUUUUGAUGAUUGUGGCUUACAGCUUAUGAAAACCC